GGAGGAGCCGCGCCGCGGGCAGCCAGGGCGCAGCGGAGGGCGCCCCAGGUGGCUGCCCCCUCCCUCUCCUGGGAUGUCAGGAAGGAGGGGGCCACCCGUGUCCUCCACAGGGGCCCCGCCGAGCCUGGGGGCCCCCAGCCCCGGCCCUCGGAGGUGGAGGAGGCGCUGACAGGUGCUCAGAGAUGCGCCCCCACUCUUGCUGCUCCCUCCCCAUCCUCCUCCUCUCCCUCUUCCCCAGUGCCCCUGUGGGGUGCCACCCCCCACCCUCCACGCUGCCCCCAUUUCCGGCCCCAGAGUGGGAUCUCCUGUCCCCCCGGGUAGCACUGUCCAGGGGCGCUCCUGCUGGGCCCCCUCUGCUCUUCCUGCUGGAGGCUGGGGCCUUUGGGGAGCCGGCGGGAGCCCCAGCUAACCGCAGUCGGCGUGGGGUGAGCGAGACAGCGCCCCCGAGUCGCCGGGGUGAGCUGGCAGUGUGCGACGCGGUGAGCGGCUGGGUGACAGACCGGAGAACGGCGGUGGACUUGCGUGGGCGCGAGGUGGAGGUGCUGGGCGAGGUGCCCGGGGCGGGGGGCAGCCCCCUCCGCCAGUACUUCUUCGAGACCCGCUGCAAAGCCGACGGUGCCGGGGAGGCCGGGCCUGGGGCCGGCGGAGGGGGCUGCCGCGGCGUCGACCGGAGGCACUGGGUGUCAGAGUGCAAAGCCAAGCAGUCCUACGUGCGGGCCCUGACUGCGGACGCCCAGGGCCGUGUGGGCUGGCGAUGGAUUCGAAUUGACACUGCCUGUGUCUGCACACUCCUCAGCCGGACUGGCCGGGCCUGAGGCCCCUGCCCACGAACUGGUCCGACCUCGAAAAGAAGAGAACUGGACACUGAGGGCCCUCAGGGGAGGCCUGGCUGUUCACGGCCUCGGUUUGGGAACUUAAAUGAUCACAAAAUCACGGCUUUCUGAUUUUGAAAGCUCAAUCCAUGCAGGAUGUGUGACGAAACCCCAAAUGGGGUUUCAAAGGAUGAGUAGGAGUUCUGGAGUAGCUUGAGGGUAAUCCUGAGCAUUAUAACAAUAACAAUGGCCAAUA